AUGGACGCCUACACUGAUUAUACUGAAUACUACUACAGCGAUAUUGAGAACAUAACUGAUGAUGGGUCAUUUCAUCUGAAUGUCACGGUGGAUUGUCCUGACUCACACCUGCAUGACUCCCACAUCUUCCUCCCCAUCCUUUAUUACCUGAUAUUUUUCACAGGUUUUCUGGGAAACCUGUUUGUGAUCACAGUUGUGGGCAGCAAAGGCAGGCGAGGUGGGCGUCUGGUGGACACUUUUGUCAUCAACCUGGCCCUGGCAGACCUGGUCUUUGUCGUCACGCUGCCUCUGUGGGCCGUCUCCGCCAGCCAAGGCGGCUACUGGCACUUUGGACCAUCUGGAGACCUGCUGUGUAAAGUGAGCAGCUACAUCAUAGCUGUGAACCGCUUCUCCAACAUCUUCUUUCUCACCUGCAUGAGCGUCGACCGCUACCUGGCUGUGGUGAAGCUGAUGGACUCGAAGUACCUCAGGAGCAGCUGGUGCAUCCGUGCCACCUGUGUUGCAGUGUGGCUGAGCUCCAUGGUGCUCGGCAUCCCGUCCCUGGUGUACCGCAAGGUGGUGCAGACCAACGAUGGAUUCUCUUGCGUGGAAGAUAACAGCUCACCUUUUUUUCUUGGCCUGAGCCUCACCAUGGCAUUGCUGACCUUUGUCCUCCCCGUUUUAAUCAUCAUGCUCUGCUACGGCACCAUCGUCGUGCAUCUCAACCACCACUGUGCUGCAAACCCUCGAGCCGAAGCACGCCGCAGACACUCCCUCAAGAUGGUCCUCUGCAUCAUAGUGGCCUUCGUGGUGUCUUGGCUGCCCUUCAACGUCUUCAAAGUCAUCAUCAUCGUCUCGCAGCUCUCUGACGCUGAUCUGAGCUGUGAUGCUCAGGCGUGGCAAAGAAACGGGCUCCUCAUCUCAUGCUGCCUGGCCUUCCUCAACAGCUGUGUCAAUCCAGCCAUUUAUUUCUUCUUGGACCACUACUUCAGGCGACGGGCCACAUUCCUCUACAAGACCUGCAUGGGGAAGUCAAAGUUACUGCAGAGCUACAACUCUUCUGCUUCGUUCACCAACGGCGGCAACUCAGAGAGUGUUGGAACAACAGGUGGGAGAACUCAGCUGCAGAUCAGCGCGUAGGAGGAGAAGACUUUAACUUUUACUUUAGAGGGAAAAACGUACUUACCAAUAUGUGAAAACCCGUCGUACUCAUCUUGAUCCUGAGACACUUUGCAUAUUUUUUCUCAGGGGAAGAUUCUUUUCUUCAGUGAGUACAAUAAUGUGAUUUUAUUUUGUCAUAUAUUUGCUAUCUCAAUUUUUUUUAACAUUUUG